AUGGGAGGAACUUUCAGGAAAAAACCAUCUAAUAAAUUAGCUGUUUUGGAAUCUCCUAUUUUGAUUUCUACGUUAGAUGGUUCUUUACAUGCUGUUAAUAAAUAUACUGGAGAAGUCAAAUGGACUUUGAAAGAAGCACCUGUUUUACAUUUACCUGUGAAUUUAACUAAAAGACCAACAUUUUUACCAGAUCCAAAAGAUGGAUCAUUGUAUAUUUAUGGAACAGGAGAAGGGCGAGAUUCACUUAAGAAGCUGCCAUUCACAAUUUCAGAAUUAGUAGCUGCUUCUCCAUUUCGAGGUAGUGAUGGUAUACUUUAUACUGGUAAAAAAACUGAUACAUGGUUUGCAAUUGAUCCCUUUUCUGGUGAUAAACUUGAUACUUUAUCAAUGACUGGCACUGAUAAAGUUUGUCCAGUUGGAGAUGAAAAUGUUGUAUAUAUUGGAAGAACAGAAUAUCAAGUCAGUAUGUUUGACAGCACAAGUAGAGAGAAAAGAUGGAAUGUCACAUUUUUUGAUUACUCUUCACAUGUUUCACCUGACAAUAAUGAAAAUUAUGGUUUUGCUCAUUUCUCAUCUAGUGCAGGAGGAAGAAUAUUAACACUGGAUAGAAUUAAUGUUAGUCCUGCUUUAUAUAUUGGUGAAUAUGCACAUGGGUUAUAUGCUCUUCCUUCUCUAAUUGAUGAAAAGCAAGCUGUUAUAGUGAUACGUGAGCCAUUACUACUUGAAGGACCUGAUAGUUCCUCAGAUAAAACAAUUCAUCCUUCCUUACUUAAUAAAGUAAAUCAAUUUGAAAUUCCAUUGAUAUUAGAAGAUAAAUAUUCAAUGCAUCACCAAAAUUCCCGUGAUGUACUAUUACUAGGUUAUCACAAUUUACCAGAAAAUUUUGCCACAACUAUUACACCUCUUCUACAAAUAACUGGAAAACCAGAUCCAACAGCAACUAUUAUACCUGAUAGAUUGCCUUUGAGAGGAGAACAUGAAAAGAGACCAUUGAAUACUGUUAAAGAAAAUGUAAAGAAUAAAAAACAUGGGAAAUCAUCUAAGCAAAAGAAACCUUCAAAUCAAAUACCACCACCAUUUGAUAUUCAUAAUAAUAGAGUCUAUAAAGACAAGAUUAGUAAUUUAGAUCUCUACUCUCAACUGAAUAAUGUUUCCAGUUGGAUUCAGAUACCUCUUAUACUGUUUUUGUGCUGCACAACUGGCUUAGUUGUAUAUUAUCGAACAAGAAUUAAUCAAACAUCCAAUAAAUAUGCAUAUCGAACUGAUGUAGAAGAACUACCAGAAGGUUUUCUGCGAAUUGGUAAAAUUACAUUUGAUCCAAAUUCUGUACUUGGUCAUGGCUGUGAAGGAACCAUUGUAUAUAGAGGUAAAUUUGACAACCGUGACGUAGCAGUAAAAAGAAUACUUCCAGAGUAUUUUAGUUUUGCUGAUCGUGAAGUAGAUUUAUUGCGAGAAUCAGAUAAACACCCACAUGUUAUUCGCUAUUUCUGCACUGAACAAGAUAAACAGUUUCGAUAUAUAGCUUUGGAAUUAUGUUCAGCUACUUUAUCAGAUUAUGUUGAAAAUUUUAAUUUUAAAGAGAAAUUGGAUAUUAGUACAGUAUUACAUCAGGCAUCAUCUGGCUUAGCUCAUUUACAUUCCUUGGACAUAGUUCAUAGAGAUAUCAAGCCUCAUAAUGUCCUAAUUUCCAUGCCAAACAAUAAAGGUGAAGUUAAGGCAAUGAUAUCAGAUUUUGGCCUAUGUAAAAAAUUGUCAAAAGGUCGUCUGUCAUUUACAAGAUCAGGAACUGCUGGAACUGAAGGUUGGAUAGCUCCCGAAAUGAUGACUGGAGAAUAUUAUACUGUAGCUCUCAAUUUAAUAGAGCACAUGAUUAAAUUGGAUCCAGCAGAAAGGCCUUCAAUAAAUGCUGUACUUAAACAUCCUUUCUUUUGGUCAUUAGAAAAGCAGUUGUCAUUCUUUCAGGAUGUAAGUGAUAGAAUUGAAAAGGAACCAUUUGACAGCAUUGUUAUUAAACUUCUGGAACGUGGUGGCUUCGAUGUUGUAAAGGGUGAUUGGAGACAGCAUAUAAGUGAAGAAUUACAAAAUGAUUUAAGGAAAUUUCGAACUUAUAAAGGUCACUACGUGAGAGAUCUGUUACGAGCUAUGAGAAACAAGAAACAUCAUUAUCGAGAAUUAAACGAAGAUCUUCAGUUAUCGCUUGGUUCAAUUCCCAAUCAGUUUGUCAAUUAUUUUACUUCACGUUUUCCACGUUUAUUGAUUCAUACUUAUCUUGCAAUGCAAUGCUGUAAGAGUGAAACUGUUUUUCAGAAGUAUUACGAUAAAUUUUGUUUUCCUCAUGUAGAAAUUGAUAAUAGUCAGAUGUUUGGUCAAGGAAUGACUUGGAAGUGGAGAAGAAAAAUAAUGAAAAAUAUUGGAAAUUUAAAUUCUUUAACAGAAACUACCACAAGUAUUUCUGACGAAAAGAACUUAUUAGCUAAUAAUAAAGCAGAAAAUGUAGAAAAUAUAAAUUCCUCUGCAUUUCAAAAUAUUGAACAAAAGCAAUUGGACACUAAUGUGCAAAAAACAUUUCAGUUUAAUAAUAAUCAAAAUGAAACAGUAUCUCAGUUUGAAGUGCCUUCUAUUCAGUUGGGUAUUCAACAAACAGAAAAGAUCAAUCAACAAAUGGAACAGAAUGGUUUAUAAACAGUUUACACUAAAGAAAAAAAUGUUCUUUUGACAAAAAUGACAUUUCAGUAUUUGCAUUUAAAUAUAUUGAUUUUAAUACGAAAAUCCAAAGUAGAUAAAUAAAUAUUUAAUUUUUAAAAUUAUUUUCAAAAUUUAUUUAUUGAAAGAAUGUACAUAAAGUUUUAUAAUUCAAAC